CUUUUCAAUUCUCUACUUUUAUUUUAAAAACGAAUAUUUAUCUGGGAAAAAAAAUAAUAAUAAUAAAAAAAGAUACAAUCAUAGAGCAGAAGAAUUGGCUUUUUUCUCAUACUCAUAGUCAUUUCGAGUCUUCCGUGUUUCUUCUGAUCACUGUUCAUCACCAGUUAAGGUUUUGAGAAAAAGAGAUAAAAAGAAUCCUAGGAAAGAACGUUUCUUUUGUUUUGAGGGAAGAAGGUUUCUUUUGAGGUUUUCACGAUGGCAGGCCAACUUGUUGGCUCUGAAAUUCAUGGCUUCCAUACAUUGCAAGAUUUGGAUCUUAGGAAUAUUAGCGAAGAAGCCAGUUCAAGAUGGCUCCGCCCAAAUGAAAUUCAUGCAAUACUCUGUAAUUACAAGAACUUCAGCAUCAAUGUCAAGCCAGUGAACUUGCCCAAAAGUGGCACUAUAGUCUUGUUUGAUCGUAAGAUGCUUAGGAACUUCCGGAAAGAUGGUCAUAACUGGAAGAAGAAAAAGGAUGGGAAGACUGUUAAAGAGGCCCAUGAACACUUAAAAGUUGGUGAUGAAGAAAGGAUCCAUGUAUACUAUGCACAUGGCCAAGAUAACCCAACCUUCGUUCGUAGGUGUUACUGGCUUCUUGAUAAGAGCCUAGAACAUAUUGUCCUUGUUCAUUAUCGUGAAACACAAGAGUUGCAGGGAUCUCCAGGCACACCUGUCAAUUCAAAUUCUAGUUCUGGUUCUUCUGCUCCUUGGCUUUUGACAGAAGAACUUGACUCUGGUGGUAAUCAUGCGCAUUAUGGUGGUAAGAAAGGAAUUUUAGGAACUGUCCAGAAUCACGAACUAAGGCUUCAUGAGAUUAAUACGCUAGAAUGGGAUGACCUCCUUCUGACAAAUGAUCUUAACAACUCAAUUAUACCUAAAGGAGCCAAAGUUUCAAGUAUUGACCAAACAAAUCAAGCACUAAAUGACUCCUUGCCUUAUGGAGUGAACAAUUCCUCAGCUGAAGUUUCUUCUUUCGGUAAUUUGACAGAAGCAAGUGCUAGGAGUGAUAACAUUUAUUCAAGUUUCCCAGACAGUAUUUAUGACCAGGCAAUGAAGGGUCAAUUAAAUGCAAACGUGCCAAGAAGGGAUUCUAUCACCAUGGGAACCAAUGAUUCAUUAGAUAUUCUGGUCAAUGAUGGAUUGCAAAGCCAGGACAGUUUUGGAAGGUGGAUAAACCAGAUCAUGGCUGACUCACCAGGUUCUGUGGAUGAUUCAGUGCUUGAAUCCUCAAUUUCAUCUGGUCAUGAAUCACUUGUCUCUUCAAUGACAGAUCAUUCUCAAUCUGCUGUUCCAGAGCAAAUAUUUAGCAUAACAGACGUCUCCCCUGCAUGGGCCUUUUCAACUGAGAAAACAAAGAUCAUAGUCAUUGGAUUCUUUCAUAAAGAGUAUCUACAUCUAGUGAAGUCCAGUCUUCUUUGUGUCUGUGGCGAUGUCUGUGUUCCUGCAGAAACUGUUCAGGUUGGGGUGUAUCGCUGUUUUGUGCUGCCACAUUCCUCUGGAUCAGUAAACUUUUUUAUGAGUUUUGAUGGUCACAAACCCAUCAGCCAAGUUCUGAAUUUUGAGUAUCACAUUCCUUCAUCGGUUGACCCAACAAAUUUGUUAGAAGAGAAGAUCAAGUGGGAAAAUUUCCAAUAUCAGCUUCGGCUGGCUUAUCUUCUCUUCUCUACUUCCAAGAACCUUAACAUUCUGUCUAAUAAAGUAUCGCCAAAUUCCCUGAAGGAGGCUAAGAACUUUGCCCACAAAACCUCUAAUAUUUCGCAUAGUUGGGAGAAAUUUAUCAAGUCAGUUGGAGACAACAAAGUUCCAUUUCCACAGGCAAAAGAUGUUCUGUUUGAACUCACUUUGAAAAACAGACUAAAGGAAUGGCUGUUGGAAAGAGUUGUUGAGUGUCCUAAAGCCACUGUGCGCUCUAAAACUGCUGAAUAUGAUGCCCAAGGUCUAGGUGUAAUACAUUUAUGUGCUAUUCUAGGAUAUACAUGGGCUGUUCCUCUAUUUUCAUGGUCCGGCUUAUCAUUGGAUUUUCGUGAUAAAUAUGGAUGGACAGCUCUUCAUUGGGCAGCAUUUUGUGGAAGGGAGAAAAUGGUUGCAGCACUUUUAUCUGCAGGUGCAAAGCCAAACUUGGUCACUGACCCUACGCCAAAAAACCCUGGGGGAUCCACUGCUGCUGAUCUUGCAUCUUUAAAGGGUUGCGAGGGCUUAGCAGCUUAUCUUUCAGAAAAGGCUUUGGUUGAACAAUUCAAGGAUAUGAGCAUGGCUGGAAACAUCAGUGGCUCCCUUGAUACUAGUGCAACUGAUACAGUGAUCACUGAGAACCUCAGUGAGGAUCAGAUCUACCUUAAAGAUACUUUGGCAGCUUAUCGGACAACUGCUGAAGCUGCAGCACGUAUACAGGCUGCAUUUAGAGAUCACUCACUAAAAGUACGGACCAAAGAGGUUGAGUUGUCUGCUCCCGAGGAUGAAGCACGCAGUAUAAUUGCAGCAAUGAAGAUUCAACAUGCCUUUCGCAGCUUUGAAUCAAAAAAAAAGAUGGCAGCUGCUGCCCGUAUCCAAUAUAGAUUCCGCACUUGGAAGAUCCGUAAAGAUUUCCUUACUAUGCGGCGCCAUGCAAUCAAAAUUCAAGCGGCUUUCCGGGGAUUCCAAGUGCGGAGGCAGUACCGUAAAAUUCUCUGGUCAGUUGGGGUGCUUGAGAAAGCAGUUCUGCGCUGGCGUUUGAAGAGAAGGGGUUUUCGUGGUUUUCAAGUUGAUCCUAUGGAACCAGUUCCUGAUCAGAGGCCGGAAAGUGAUACUGAGGAGGACUUCUACCGGACUAGCCGGAAACAAGCUGAAGAGCGGGUCGAGAGAUCUGUUGUACGUGUUCAGGCCAUGUUCCGUUCAAAGAAAGCACAAGAAGAAUAUCGGAGGAUGAAGAUGACCCAUAAUCAAGCAAGGUUGGAAUAUGAAGGGUUCCUCGACUCUGAUACUGAUAUGACUUAUUAGGUGAAGAGACAGGUUGUGCAGAGAAACUGGUUUCUCUAAGGUUCAGAUAGCAGGGAAUCCAAUUGUUAUGGAUGGUGUGCUUAGCAAAUGAUAGUUCCAGGAGGGUGGUGGCUCUGUUCUUGUGUAGCCUGUACAUCUUGUAAAUGCCUAGAAAGAGGUUGACUUGAACUUUUGGCCCUUUCAUUGUGUUUAAUGAUGUUGAGGGGGCCAUUCAUUGAGUUGUGGGUCCUCUGUUUCUUUUUGGUUGUUGACCCCUCUUGUUAGUGCAUUUAAGUAAAAGAUCUAGGACUUAGGAGGAUCUACUUGAACAUGGAAGAUAGGAAACCAUGUAGUCGUCAAGGUUGACAUUAAAAUAUGAAUGGCAAUAUAAGUAACCUUAAUGAGUAAA